AUGGCGGCGUGUCGACAAAAUCCAGCCAAGCUCGGUACCUGGCUCGCAGAGAUAGGGCAGAUAUUGGGACAGGAAGAGUUGGAAAAACAGCUGGUCAUGUUGGAGCGCACGGAUCUACCCCGGCAUGAACAAGAUGUGGACCUGAGUCUCGCCUGCGACGACAAAGCAGACACGUCGCAGCUGCCAGCGGUAGCUCUCGCCAUCAAACCCGAAUGGUGCGAUAAGAUUCUGCACCACGGCAAGCGCUGGGAGAUUCGCGGUACUGCCUGCCGCAAGCACCUGGGAAGAUCGAUAGCUCUGGCCAAGAGCGGCAGUCAAACGCUCGUUGGACAGGCGGUGAUUCGGGACUGCAAGCCGAUCACGCGAGAGGAACUGGCAGCAAAUCACGCCCUUCAUCUCAUCGAAGACUUAGAAACAGUGAGAUACACCCGGCCGCAUGCGUGGGUGCUGGAUGAUGUACGUGCCUACCGAAAGCCUAUUCCAUAUCGGCACACCACCGGCUGUGUCAAUUGGAUUCCUCUGGAAAGCGUGGAUGCGAAGACGCCGUCGAAGACGGGCACCGAAUGCCGCAACCUGGAUUGCCGAUUCAGUUUGACUGGCGAUGGCAAACCGUGUCGCCGAUAUAUUCCCCCAGGGAGCAGUGGAGUCUUCGAGCACUGCAUUUUCUGCUCACCGGAGGCAUUGCGUACUGCACUUGACACGGACAUCAGAUACGUUCGCAGAUGCUUAUCCCGAUUGGCAAAAGCCAGCACCGUCCUCCAUGGAGAAGCCAUGAAGCGCAUCGCACAGAUGCAGGGAUCCGAAGCUGCCGCUCGCUUCCAUUGCAAGGGGCGAACCAAAGACGAGGUUAUGGAAGUGAAUUGGGAGCACACCCUUCGAAGUCGUCGGCCGGCCGUGCACGUCGACAAAUCUGCAGCGAGAGUCUUCGAGGCAUGCAAACACAGGACUCUGGAGCGAUUGAAGCGUAAGUUCGGUACCCUUUACAACGGCACCGCAAGAGCCGAGGAGCAGUGGAUGAGCCGGCUGAAGCGCCGCCGCCAGCAUGACGACAAUGACGAGGAGAUGGACGAGAUGGACACAGCCUUCUCGGGAUCCACCCGUCAGAGCGCCAAAGCGAGCUUUCUCGCAAAGGCGCAUUCCGCACUAAUUGGCUACAACUGCGAGCCGCGGCUCCUGCAGUUCGUGUAUGACCUAUGGCUGUUCACAACAGUCGGUGGGGCCAAGAACAGCGCGGGCACGGGCAUACGCGAGGCGCUUGCGACGAAACCCUAUUCUCCCGAGGUCUGGCGCACGUAUCACAUGGCACUCGUAGACGCACAGCGUCAGCUUGGAUGGCCCAGCCUCUUCUUGACGGUUGCACCAUACGAAUGGUCGUUUCCAUAUCAUUGCUGGCUGGAGGACGAGCUGGCCAAGAGUCUCAGUGAAAAGCUGAACAUACCUACGGCAGAGACUCUUCACAUAGCGCAUGUGCUUAGUCAGGCCGUGAAAGGUCUAAUGACCGGCGCCAACGAGGGUGCCCGGGGAAGCCGCGAGCAUAUCUUCGCAGGCAGUGAGGGCAGCGGUCGAGUGCGCUAUUGGGUCGCGCGGCUGGAAUUCCAGGAUGGGAAGAGAAAGCGCGCAGCAUUUCGGCAGGGUCAACACUAUCAUGGACGAGGCACUGUCCACGUGCACAUUCUUGUCUGGCUGGACGGCAUGAAGAAUAUGGCACUGGACUCCAAGCUUCGCGCCGACAUACCCGGGGAAGACGAGCCCGAGCUCAGGGCUCUUGUCGUGGCCUCACAGCUGGACUGGACAUCAAGCGGAUGGAGACAGCGCGAAGAGAAAACCGUCGUCCAAGACCCGGGGCAGAUGCUACUGCUGAGACACCCGAUUAGUGCCUUCGAGCGACACUGCCGGGCGUACAUCGUGGAUGUAUUGGCUGCGCUUCGCUGCCACACGGAUGUUCAAGCAUCAGACGGAAGGGGCAUGGUGCUGAAGUACUGCGCGAGUUACCUACCCAAGUUCAGCAGCUCGUUCGCACAGGAGCUCUUGAACGACCAGGCCAGCGACUUUUCAUUAGCUCGUCGUAUCUUGGCAGAGUAUCACCCUCUGCAGCCCGAAAUGGUCCUGCAGCUGGCUGCUCAGCGACAUCCGCAAUUCCUCUGCCCCAGCGUUAUUCGCAAAUUCGUGGUCCCGAUUCCCUGGGCGGCAGAGAUGCCGCUGAUAGUUCGUGGAUAUAUGUCUUGUCCAUGGCGAAGAGAAGAGAUGAACCUUCUGGAAUAUCUUCGGAAAUCUGGAUCAGAUGGGCAAAUCUCUUGCAGAUACCGGACGACACAUAAGAAUUCCCGCAUCGAAAUGCCUCUUUCGGAAUGGAUUAACGUGGUUCCCGUGGACGCGAGCAUUCUCGCAGCUACCAUUCUCUACAGUCGUUCUAAUGAUCAGUACUUCGGGCAAUGGCUUCUAUUGCACGUGCCAUUUCGAUGUCUAGAUGAUCUAUGGAAGCCAGAAGCAGCACUACUCCCAGAUAGCCUUCGAUUCUUGGGACUAUGCCUUUUACAUCGUCCUAGGUUCUGGCGCAACCCCGAUCAUGUGGCAUACGAACUGCAGCAGGAAGCCAAGCCAGAUCUGCACAUCAGCAACGUACUGUCAGAGCUGGCAGCGCGAACGGAGCUGGUCGACGACUAUUUAUCAGGCAAUCUCGUGAAGGCCACCACCCCAGACCCGCCUGUAUAUGGGACAACGCAGUUGCCUGACGGACCUGUCAAACUGACGGUGGAACAACUGCAUGUCGUCCGUUUUUUGCGUGGCCGAGUCGAGGUGGCGUUGAACGCCAAAUGGCCCGAAGACAACUCAGUAGACGCCUGGGACGUAUGGCUGGACGACGCCAGCAUCCGGCACAACCUCGUCUCGUGCAUCCUCGGGCCCGCCGGGAGCGGAAAAACCACCGCCGUGGACAUCGUGUUGGCGGAGGCAGCCGCACGAGGAGCACACAUAGGCGUCGCAUGUCCCACCGGCAUGCUUGCGACGGGGUACAGAGCCCGACAUCCAGGCCUAGACAUAGACACAGUUCACGGCAUGUUCGGGCUACAUCUGGAUGAACUUGCCACAGCAGAGAUGAUGCGUCCAUACGAUCUGGUCGUGAUAGACGAAGUGGGACAACUACCUACAUGGAUUUUCGAGCGGCUUAUGCGAUUAUGGGACGCCACGGAUAGGCGAACGGCACUCGUCUUCGUCGGAGACUUUUGCCAGCUGACUGGGCCAGAUGGAACCACUGCGAGACAGAGUUUCAGGUGGGCUGAGGUGCGCCUAUCGACACUCACUGAAAUGCGUCGCUGCAAAUGCGCACAGCUGCGUUGGAAGUUGCAACUUCUACGGAGUGCAAUUCCCUCCGGCCGACAAUUGCGUAAACUGCUGCGCGGACACCGCGCGGGCAUGAGAGUCCGGCCCGGUUCAGGAUGGCCGACUGCCAUGGACAUUGCAGUCAUCCUACAGGAGACCCCGGAUACGACCUUCGUAACCAUAUCUCGUCGUGCUUCGGCUUAUCUGAACAGGCUUGCGAUUCGGGCUCUAUUUGCGGAUGCCGAGCCCCUAGGCCGAAUCCCAUGCGAACCAACCGACAAUGCGGAGAACUUCGAUGGACUCCAUCAGACGAGUGCGGAGCCAUGUAUGAUGCCUCUAUACGAAGGCAUGAGGGUUCGAAUUACAAGGAAUGCAAACAAACGACAUGGUUUUGUCAACGGCAUGGGCGCAGUGGUACAAAGGCUCCGCCAGAGCGGCGUGCAGGUAAAGACUGACGAAGGCGAGAUCCUGCUCAUCCACCCUAUUACCACCGAGACCGCCCUCGCAGACGGAAGCAUUCGCAGGGCAACAGUGUUCGCUCUUCGACCCGGAUACAGUACGACCCUUCACAAGAUACAGGGGGCGACAUUGUCCCACGUGACUAUAUACAUGGAUGUUCCAUAUGUUCGUGCUGCAUUAUAUGUUGCCCUUUCGAGAGUUAGACACGACGCUGACUGGAGAUUCAUUGGAUCCAUUCGAAGACAGCAUUGCCUGCCGGCGGAGCUUGGCUAG